UUUUGUUCAUCAUAAGAUGCUUAAUAUUGUUCCUACGUAUCCUGUUGUAGUCUGAACCUGUACAAACCGUAAAUGGUUUGUCCGUAUGGAUGACAUUGAAAAUGAGCUCUAUAUAACAACUGGAUGGAAUCGGAUUAAGCAGGAGAUGUCUAUCAAGGAUAACCAUUUGGUGGUGUUCCAAAUGCUUGAUAUGAAGACAUUUGAAAUGAGUGUUUUUAGUUGUGAUCCUGCCCUUUUGUGUUACCCUCCUGAACUCAGUGUUGUCAAAGAAGAACCAAACUAUGAUCCGAUUGAAGUUUCCGAUGAUGAAUCGGCUAAUCCGAUUGCUGAUCAUAUUGUUGAACAUAAUGAGGAUGAAGGGGUACCUAUUACUUUCCGUGUUGAUAAUCAUUAUCGACUUCGUAAAAAGUGGGCACAGGAUCAUGGUUUGGAUAGCAAGAUGGGUUUGACGAUUGAGGACGCUUUUGGUGGGGUUUGGGAGGUCCAGAUUGGUGUUGAGUACUCGGAAGGUAAUCCGCGUUACAAUGUGACUGGUAUGAAAAAGUUUGUUAGAGACAAACAAAUGGCGUAUGGGCAGAAGUUUCAGCUUUUGUAUGUGGAAAGUAAAGAUUCCAUUAGAAAUGUAGUGCUUUUGAUUUCUGGCAAUCUUAAAUUCCGAAUGCAUUUCUCAGUUGACGUUUAUUUCAUUCGGUCUCCCUCAGUCGUUGUCGUCUAA